GAGCAAGACACGAUCUCGGUUUAAGAGCAGAACAUCAAGUAGAACGUGUAUGCAUGAUCAUAGAUGAUUGCAUGAUCUCUAACGUUUAAGCCUAACCUAAUAUCGUCUUGAUUUGGCCGAUAUUAUAUUACUUGCUUCUUUGUCGCUCAACAUCCUCAUGAGUAUUUUCCUCGCGACUGGACUCCAAUCUGUUGGACACGUACAACAAGCCAGCGUCUUUGGGCACCACGCUUCUCGUUCUAUGGCGUUUUCAGUAUCAUCACCAUUGUUUUUCCAACAAGCCGCUACUUCUACUUCUACUUCGAAGACCCUAGUACAACGUAAUCAUCACCUUUACAGAAAGAGCUCUAUCUCUUUGUUUUCUACGAAUACAACUAACAAGAUGCCAUCGUCGUUCCCGUACGUAAUCGUCGGCGGAGGAAACUCCGCUGGCUAUGCCGUCAAGACUCUAAUGGAAAGCGGUGUUGCCGGUAGCGAGAUCUGUAUGAUCGGCAGCGAGCCUGUUGCUCCGUACGAGCGACCAGCGCUCACUAAGGGUUAUUUGCAUGCUCCUGGCAGCAAGGUUCGUGCGCGACUCCCAGGCUUCCAUACUUGUGUUGGCGGUGGAGGCGAAAGGCAGACUCCGGAAUGGUACGCAGAAAAAGGUGUAACACUACGACUGGGUUCGCCGGCAACCAAACUCGAUGCUGGGAGCAAAACCGUCACGUGCAGUGACGACACAAUUGCCGCAGAUAAGGCGCUCUACGUUGCCACGGGCUGCAAUGCGCGUACCUUUGACAUGUACCAGGGAACGAACGUCUUCACUAUCCGAAGUGAGGCGGACUGCGCUGGCUUGGUUAAGGCCAUGGAGGGGCUACAGGGUGGCAAACUGGUACUUACGCUGUUGUGCUUAUGGAUGGAGUCUUUUUUGAGAAUGACAGACAGAAGUCCAAGAAGAAGAGAAAAAGCGUCCGAGCUGAAUUUUUAAGAUCUGUUUUCCUUCUCGUAUCAGAAUUGCGUCAACAAAAUUAACAUGACUCAAAGAAGACGUUUUACUUCUACUUCCAGGUCAUCAUCGGCGGAGGCUAUAUUGGUCUUGAGGUCGCCGCAGGGGCCAUGGGAUGGUCAGAGAACUUGUCUUCUCUCACCAUUCUCAAUAUGGACAACAUAAUCAUGAAAAGGGUUUUCUCUGACGCUACUGGAUUCGCAGAAAUGUUGCAGGCGAGUGUCACGGUACAAAUUUUUCUUCAAAUAGUUGGUCCCCCAAGAGCGUUGAUGAAGCGCCACAGUUUGCGUAGGUUUAAGUAAGUAGGAGAGGAAUUGGAAUGCGAAUGAAAUCGUCAAGUACUAACUACAUUUUUUUCCGCUUUCAUUUGGAAGUUACAAACAAGUUUCACCUUGACCUCCAGGCACCAGCAGCCACACCCCGAGCCAUUGUCGAAAACAACGUGCAGUUUAAGUCACUGACAAGAGACGAGACAGGAAGAGUCACAGAAGUCGUGACAGAAGAAGGGGCUUUUCCAUGUGAUAUUGUCGUUUUAGGCCUCGGGACUGUGCCUGCGACGGAGUUCAUGCCGCCAGAAUUACUCGAGAAGGGAUUUGUCAAGGUACUUCUUUCUUCUUGCUGGACUUCUACUUUUAGGAGUACACCCCUCACCGUCACCUUAUAAUGCGUAUUCUUUUGGCAGCAUUGACCUCUCGAAAGAGAAAUGAUGGGUAACGACAAGCUCAUUGCGAACUUUGUCUUUUUCUUUUUCGAUUUCUUCUGCCCUAGCAAUCUAUCUGUAUUCACAUUAUACUUUCAGGUCGACGGAACUUUUAAGUUUGCAGAUGGCUGCUACGCCUUCGGAGAUUGCGCGCUCUUUCCCCUGGAUGGCGCUCCAACCGUGUUGGAACACGUUGCCAACUGCCGCGCGUCAGCGAAGCACGCUGUGCUGAGUAGUUUGGGUAAAGAGAGCGGCAACUACAGCUUGCUCCCUUUCUUCUACAGCCGGAUGUUUGAGUACACCGAUAAGCCCCUGAUCUGGAAUAUGUGGGGCAACAAGACGCCGGGAGCGACGCCGCAUGUGACCAAGGCUGAAAACGGCAUAUCCGCAGUCUGGGUAGAUGGUGGUAAAGUUGUGUGCGCCUGUGUUAUGAUGCAGAACCCGCCACCAACACAAAAGCAACUAGAUGCAGCGAAGUCGCUGAUUGGUCAGGAAUAUACACCGAAAUUGUAAUCCUAGGAGCAACUAUAAUGUCGUUGUCGCUCGCUGAUGAAGCUCACACGAUAUUCCUAUAGCGGCUCCACCUUCAUCUUCAUCACUGCCCGACCGUGGGAAGACCCAGAUUGCCCUCGCGGCACCAGCGAGUUGGUAGUAAGAUAUGCGGCCCUAGUUCGACGUGUACAAUAUCAAUAUUACUAACAUGAUUCCCCAGAUCUAAACUGAAAAACAGAUGAAUACCAGCACUGAGGGUACACGCUAAUCAAGGACACGCAGUUCUUCUUCUUCUUUAUUUCAGACCUAGCCUAUUCGGCGCUUGUCAUGUCAGCGAUGGCAGUGGCAAAAGAAGGCUAGCGCUUUUGACAACAAAAGGGACCGAGAUGAGCUCACACCUCGUUUAAGGUAAAGGUUUUUUUUAGGUGGGUCAACGGAGAAGGCUGGUCAUUGUCCUGUUCACUGCCCACGGAGAAGACUAUUCUCGUAAUGUGUGGGUUAUACCCAUACGAUUUCAACACGUGCGUGGUUCUAGCCUUGCUCAUUUGGCUUCAGAAGCGUAGUUUUCUGGUCAUACUAAAUCAUCCAGCUGAGAGCGAAGAGUCAUUGAUUAUAAUUAACGGAGUUAAACUUGACACUGAAAUUGAA